GGUUCGUUUCUCUACACAAAGCGGCCAUGUAAAAUGUUUCAGCUUCCGUAGUAGCUAUUUACUCAUACUGCGAUAUAUGUAAAUUGUAAUGAAUGUUUAAGUGACCUUUUUGUUUUUCGUGAAAGAAAGGCAUAUGUGCGCUCCAUUGUCAUGGAAAUUGGUGAGAGUAACGCAGCGAUGGAGGCAAUUAUUGCAUUUCUUGUCGCUGAGGAGAUCGAUGAGAUUGAAGCACCAGUAAUUUCUUUUGCUCUACAACAUCUUCAGGAUGCAGCGGUAAAAGCUGAGUUGAAAACUUCCAAGUUCCUUUCACAGGUUGUUCCAAAGUACAGCCUCAGUGAGUUUCAGAAUCAUUUUCGACUGACUCCACGGCAAGUUGAAGAAUUAAUUGCUGAAUUGCACCCAUUUUACAGUAAUCAGCGAGGGACAAAAUGGCCACUAAGGAAUGUUGUUAUGGCGAGUUUGUGGACUUUAUCAAACCAGGAGUCCUACAGAGAGGUAGCAGUCAGGUUUGAAACCAGCAAAUCUGUAAUUUGUUCUCAUCUCCAUGAGUUCUGUUCUCUGGUUUCAGAACAUCUGUCGCACAAAAUAUCCUGGCCAACGGGGACCCCAGCGAUUGAGAAUGCAGAGCAUUUUCUACUGUUUGGCUUUCCCAAAACUGUCGGUGCAGUGGGCGGAUAUCAAAUUCCAAUUGAAAAACCCCAAAAUGUUGAGGAUCCAGAUGCAUAUUACAAUACACGGCAGCAUUACUCCAUCAAUCUAACAGCCUUUUGUGAUUAUAAGUGUAGGUUUAUCCAUAUAAACAUUGGUUAUCCUGGUAGCUGGGAUAAUGCCUGUAUCUUUCAAAUGACAGAUGUCGCCAAAAUACUUGAAGGGGACCCUCAAUCUCUUAUACCUGAAGGUUUUCACAUAAUUGGACACACAGAUUAUCCUCUUUCGGAGUAUAUGAUGACUCCUUUCGUGGACAAUGAAAAUCUGACAGAACAACAGAAGAAUUACAACACUAAACUAUUAUCAGCCCUGACGGUGGUAGAGAAGGCAUUUUAUUUGUUAAAGAAUCGUUUUCGCAGACUUGAAGCCUUAAAGAUGAGCUCCAUUCGUUACAUCAGCACUGCGGUUAAAACCUGCUGCAUACUGCACAAUAUCUGCUUGGAAAUAUCAUCAGACCUGGAUGUGAACAUAACUGACCUCCAAGAGACAACAGGGCUUCAGCCAGCACCUGUGGCUAACGAAAAUGGCAUUAUAAAAAGGGAUGAAAUCGCUGCUUCAUUGUAAUGACUACUUUACAGAAUCUGAUAUCAUAAGAUUUUUAUUUUUAACACUUGUAUUUUUGGUAAUAAAAUUAUCAAGGAAAGUGAAA